AUGAAGCUCACCGUCCUCGCCUCCCUCGUCGCCGCCUGCGCCACCCUCGCCUCCCCCGUCGAGAAGCGCCAGGCCGCUGCCCCGGCCGUCACCGACGUCCAGGUCCUCCAGUACGCCCUCACCCUUGAGCACCUCGAGGCCGCCUACUACUCCCAGGCCCUCGCCAAGUUCUCGGCGCAGGACUUCAAGAACGCCGGCUUCCCCGACUGGGUCCGCGGCCGUGCCUCCCAGAUCGCCCAGCACGAGGCGUCUCACGUCAAGAUCCUCUCGGCCGCCCUCGGUAACCAGACCGUCCCCGCGUGCCAGUACGCCUUCCCCCUCACCGACGUCAAGACCUUCGUCACCUUCUCGGCCUUCCUCGAGAACAUCGGUGUCUCGGCCUACAUCGGCGCCAACCAGUACAUCACUGAGCCCCUCUACGCCACCGUCGCCGGUACCAUCCUCUCCACCGAGGCCCGCCACCAGGGCUUCUGGUCCGGCCCCGUCCUCACCCAGGCUGACUGGUCUGGACCGUACGACACCCCUCUCGGCCUCGACAUGGUCUACACCCUUGCCGCCCAGCUCAUCACCUCGUGCCCCGCUGGCCCAUCUCUCCCCGUCAAGGCCUCCACCCCUCUCCUCUUCCCCUCGGGUCUCCCCAUCGGCCAGGCCGCUGCUGGCUCCGAGGUCUCUUUGACCUACACCAAGUCGUCCUCCUCCAUGGCCGGCCCCGUCUCCGCCGCCGUCUACAACGGUCUCGGUGCCACCCUUGUCCCCUUCACCAACGGCAAGCUCACUCUCCCCAAGGAGGUUCAGGGCUUCUCGUACAUCAUCCUCACCAACGCCGCCGACAUCGCCUCGGUGACCACCGCCAACACCGUUGCCGGACCCGCUGAGGUUAACACCCCCUUCGACGCCUUCCAGUCCAACCCCGGCUACAAGAACCCCUUCUCCUCGUAA